AUGCUGUUCUUAAGAAAAGGAAGGAAACUAUCCACUUACCUUUCCACCGUAACCUUGUUGAUAAUAUUUGCGAUAUCGAAAUGUGACGCUUCUUCAAAUGUAGAAAAGAAGGAACAAGAUGAUGUGCAUAAGAUUAUAAGCGAAUUGCGUUUUUUAGAAAAAGUAGAAACGAUUUUAGAACAUAGUAACAUGGGUGUAUCUGAUAUUGAGGCAGAUGAAAAUGCCUAUAAUCCAGAUAAAGAUGCUCCAAAGGAAGAAAUGGAAAAAUUAAUAUUGAAAGAGACUGAAGUUGAUGGAAGCAAUAAUUUACGAAAGAGUAAAAUACCGGAAAAAGAGUUAAUUAAGAAAAAGAAAAAUUUACGUCUAAUAGUUAGUGAAAAUCAUUCAACUAGUCCUUCCUUUUUUGAAGAAUCACUUUUAGAAGAAGAAGUAGUAUCUUUCCUACAGAGUAAAGGGAAAUUAUCAAAUUUAAAAAAUAUAAAAUCUUUAAUUAUAGACUUAAAUAAUGACACAUCUGAUGAGGAAUUAGAAAAGUAUAUAAAAAAGUUGGAAGAGAAGGGGGCUCAUGUAGAAUCAGAUAAAUUAGUAGGAGCAGAUGAUAUCGAUUUAAAAUAUAUUAAAGAUGCAGUAAGAAAAGGAAAAAAGUUCAUUAAUUUUAAAAAGCACAACAAUAAUAAUAUGUUAGAAGUAGAAAAUAAAAUAGAGAAUUACUAUGAUGAUAUGCCUGAAAUCAUUAAUAGUUAUUCGGAUGCUCAAAAAGGAAAUGUGCUAAAAGUAGGUGAAUCACCUUCAUUCGCAUCAUCCACAUCAUCCUCAUCAUCGUCCUAUAAAUUCAAUGAUGAAUUUAGAAAUCUUCAAUGGGGUUUAGAUUUAGCUCGAUUAGAUGAAACACAAGAAUUAAUUAAUAAGAAUAGAACAAGAGAAACUAAAAUAUGUGUAAUAGAUAGUGGUAUAGAUUAUAAUCAUCCAGAUUUGAAAAAAAAUAUUGACAUAAAUUUAACUGAAUUAUAUGGUAAAGCAGGUGUAGAUGAUGAUAACAAUGGAAUUGUUGAUGAUAUUUUUGGAGCUAAUUUUGUAAAUAAAACUGGAGAUCCUAUGGAUGAUAAUUAUCAUGGUACACAUGUUACAGGUAUUAUAUCAGCUGUAGGAAAUAAUGGAAUAGGUAUAGUAGGUGUAGAUGAUAAUUCUAAAAUAAUAGUAUGUAAAGCUUUAGAUCAUCAUAAAUUAGGUAGGUUAGCAGAUAUGUUUAAAUGUAUUGACUACUGUAUUAGUAGAAAAGCUGAUAUGAUUAAUGGUAGUUUUUCAUUUGAUGAAUAUAGUGGUAUUUUUAAUUCUUCCGUUGAAUACCUUAGAUCUUUAGGUAUAUUAUUUUUUGUUUCUGCUAGUAAUUGUACACAUGAAAAAUCAUCCAAACCUGAUAUAGCCAAAUGUGAUUUAUCUGUUAAUAAUAGAUACCCCCCUGUACUAUCAACAAUGUAUGAUAAUGUUAUUGCUGUAGCUAACUUAAAAAGAGAUUUAAAUGAUAAUUAUUCUUUAUCUGAAAACUCUUUUUAUAGUAAUAUUUACUGUCAAGUUGCAGCACCUGGAACUAAUAUUUAUUCUACUGCUCCAUCUAAUACUUAUAGAAAAUUAAACGGUACAUCUAUGGCUUCUCCUCAUGUUGCUGCCAUUGCUUCACUCAUUUAUUCAAUUAAUCCUAACUUAUCUUAUAGACAAAUUGUAGAUAUAUUGAAAAGUUCUGUUAAGAAACUUCCUUCUGUUAAGUCAAAAGUUGCAUGGGGUGGUUACAUUGAUAUCUAUGAGGCGGUCGUAGCUGCUAUCAAUUCUAAAACCCACUAUAUCAAAUCGCAGUCCUGGUUUAGCUGGAAGAAGAACAAAAGGGGCUAG